AUGCAUUCAGGCAGCUUCUUCCGAAGAAGAAGAUUCCGAUCAAACAGCGGAUCGGACGAUCGUGUUGCACGUGGUAAGAAGAACGAUGAUGAUGAUGAGGAGCUCGGCAACGCUAUUGUUGAGUGUGCACGUGGCGAGAACAACGAUAAGACGACGAAGGGAGGCAGCGGCGCUCACUUUGAUGGUAUGCCUCUAACAAUGGCAGGGGGGUUGAUCUGUAAAUGUGCAGGAGGCGGAGAUGAUGAUGAUGAUGGUGGAGCAUUUGAGAAUUUCGUGGCCUUUGAUGAGGUCCAGAGGAGAGAAAGGGUCUGGGAACGGGUCGGAUUUGAAUCUGAAAAAGUGCGACGAGAUAGAGCCGAGCAUACGGAGGGACGAUUGACGGAGAAAAUUACUAAGCUUCGGAGGAAAUUGAAGAAGGCCACGAAAAGCACCGGUUUUAUCAUACUGUACUAUAUCUUGACGAUAUUCUCACUAGUGGCCCCUCCUAUAAACUCCCUUUAUAAUAGCAACGUUGGCGACCAGGUCUUCGGGUACAUCACACUUGUUGCUGCGGUGCUAUUCUCGGCCGAAAUCGUCAUCAAAACCGUAGUUGACCCGAGAUACCUCUUAUCACUAGUCGCAUUCCUGGACAUAAUCGCCACGUUAAGCAUGGUAUUCGAUAUCGUCAUCGAGCUCUCGGAUAAGGACAUCGCUCAUGAGAUGAUAGAUUUUCGUGGUUAUCCUAUGCUCAGCGAGAGUGGUUUGGCUGAGCAUCUGCAGUUGUCUCGAGUGGUGAGGGUAUUGACGCUCACUCGUCUGUAUAGGAUGGCCAAAGCACUUGGCAUGCUGCUGGAACACAUCCGAGCGAAUGAGAUGAAGAAAUUGGAGGACGAUAUUCUCUAUCGUCGUUUGCAACUCAUGUUUGCAUGUAUGGACGAGGACAACGACGGUUAUAUAUGGCCUAAUGAUUUCGUGCAUGCUAUGACUUACUUUGGCCUGGCCUCGGACAGCGAUAGAACGAAAAUCGCUCGGAAUUUUGCUCACCGUCCUCGAAGGCAAUCGACGUUCGUGGGUUACACGGCAGCGCGUGUACCUCCGAUCGGGGGAAUGGACUUUGAUGAGUUCAAAGUAGAGGUACUAGAGCUUGAUCGGGAGCAUAAGUUGAGGAGAUGUGCGCGGGAGACGCUGAAUCAGCGGACUCGAACGUAUGCUAAGCUCGCUAGUAUGGCUGAGGAUACUGCCAUUAGGAUGGUCCUCGCCUUUGUUAUCUUGCUCAUAUCAUCGCUUUACUUGUUCAACGACAACACGACCAUCCAUUUCUCUACUUCUGGACUGCAACUGGUGGAUGCUCUUUACCGUUAUGGGGGUGCCAGUGAGGAUUCGUUGAUGUCCGUAUUGGAACUUCAAAGUCGGCUAUUGUUAGCAAGCAUCCCAGAUCGAUAUACAGUUAUUUAUUAUAAGAUUGGCGGCUUUAGUGGGCCGUGGGAAAUCGAUCGUCUUGAUGAAGAAAGGUUUGCAAGUAAGAGGUUCUUCAAUCGUCUGCUCUCGCAAGCUGGCUUGGCUGAUACAAUCGGACCUCCUCCCUCCAGCAUGGUUAUCGAUGUUGAAUCAUUGUGGAUCGAGUUUGCAUUCGAUUCGGUCUUCACUACGAAUGUACGAGGCAACCCGUACGACCAGGAGAAGGAAACACCAAAAAGGAGUCGUUGUAUGGCAUUUCUGGGCUGUUUACCGAAUGACCGACACGGUGAUGGUUAUUUUAACGAGAUCACAGAGCUUGAUCAGAGUCUCACUCGAGUACAGAUGAUGAUAUCAUCGUGGGCUAAGUAUUGUCCUUAUGACGUGGUUCGAAUGAUUCUCCGCACUGGGGAGGAAGUUGAGCUCGGUGUCGCUCCUCAGAAGGUCACUAUAUUCUUCUCGGACAUUGAGGCUUUCACUACGAUCUGCGAGAAGCUUACUCCCACACAAGUACUGAGGUUUUUGUCCCAUUACUUUACUUUGGUGAGCGAAAUCAUCACUGAAAACCAAGGUACCUUAUUGGAAGUUCUGGGUGACGGGAUAUUGGCAGUGUGGAAUGCCCCUCUCCCUGUAGGAAAUCAUGCUGAGCAAUGCCUCACAGCUGCUAUGAUUAUGCAGACCCUAGUAGCCAGACUGUCAGAGGCUGACUCAACGUGGCAGCAGGCGCUGAAAAGUGUCAACAAGUCUACUUUGAGGGUCCGGAUGGGCAUUCACACGGGUCAAUGCUUGGUUGGCAAUGUUGGAGCUCCUAGUCGCAUGAAGUACGGUCUGCUCGGCGACAGAGUGAACACUGCGAGUCGACUCGAAAACUGCAAUAAACGUUAUGGAACUCGUAUUAUUAUAUCAGAGAGCGUCUGGCAGGAACCAGGAGUAGCGGACAACUUCGUUUGUCGACCAUUGGACCGUGUAGCGGUGAAGGGGAAAUCUGAAGGCCUCACUAUUCUUGAGGUAUUGAGCUCAAGAUUGGAGGCAUCUACACAGCAGUUGGUACUUGCCGGUCUUCAUAUUCGGGCGCUAGAGGCCUAUCGUAAUCGGAACUUCGGGCGAGCCAUUGAGCUACUCACUGAAGCUGAGAAGAGGUCUCGAACGAUGGGUGAGUCGUGGCUUGCUGCGCGGAGGUUAAAGGAAGAGGCAAUUUACUAUGAGGCCAAUCCACCACCGGACGAUGCGAAAUGGGACGGCACCACGCGACUGGUGCGGAAGUCGUUCGAUGAGUCUCCGGAAUAGGUUUAUUUGUAUGUAGGCGCUGACCGCUAUUUGGGGUGUACCAUUUUGUACACUAGGCCCGUUCGCUGGCUCUUCUGUUAUGUGGGAAGUCACUACAGUUAUCACUCUGCUUCAGUGGCUUCCUUGUCGCCUAUUAUUUCAUUGCUUUUGCUCA